AUGGACGUGUGCUAUUGUGCAAAUUACUAUGUUCUGAAGACCGGUGCCUCCCUCAGCCCGGGACGACUCCCAGACGAUUGCCUCUGGCUCCUAUCACAGCCGCCAAGCCGCGAAGAACAGGAUGACCAGCACUCGAUGAAGAGAUUAAGGGACUCCAGGCGACCAUCUUGGACCUUUGUUGGGAUCUCGAUGCCUUCCUUGAGACUCUCGACAACAGAAGCAAGUUCAUGGAAGAACGGGAGGGCCAACACGAGAAGGUGA